AUGCCAAAGCUAGUUCUAGUUAGACACGGUCAAUCCGAAUGGAACGAAAAGAACCUUUUCACCGGUUGGGUGGACGUCAGAUUGUCCGCCAUCGGUGAAAAAGAAGCUGCCCGCGCCGGUGAAUUGUUGAAGGAAAACAACGUUCAUCCAGACAUCUUGUUCACCUCCAAGUUGUCCAGAGCCAUCCAGACUGCCAACAUCGCUUUAAGCGCUGCCGACAGACUAUGGAUCCCAACCGUCAGAUCCUGGAGACUAAACGAGAGACACUACGGUGCUCUACAAGGUAAGGACAAGGCCGCCACUUUGGCCGAAUACGGUGAAGAGCAAUUCACCACCUGGAGAAGAUCUUUCGAUGUCCCUCCUCCAAAGAUCGCCGACAACUCUGAGUACUCUCAAAAGAACGACGAGAGAUACCAGGACGUUGACCCAAGCGCUGUCCCAGCCACCGAGUCCUUGGCUCUAGUCAUCGACAGAUUGUUGCCAUACUGGCAAGACACCAUCUCCAAGGAGCUUUUGGACGACAAGGUCGUCAUGAUCGCCGCCCACGGUAACUCCUUGAGAGGUUUGGUCAAGCACUUGGAAGGUAUCUCCGACGCCGACAUCGCCAACUUGAACAUCCCAACUGGUAUCCCAUUGGUGUUCGAAUUGGACAACAACUUGAAGCCAACCAAGCCUUCCUACUACUUGGACCCAGAGGCCGCUGCCGCUGGUGCCGCCGCCGUUGCCGCUCAAGGUAAGAAGAAAUAA